UAAGAAUGUCCCUUCCCAGACCUUUCUUGUUCUCUCCAGCUCCCUCUCACCAGCAGAGAUGUUUCGCACUCUCCCCGUCGCCUAAUAAGCUCACAGUAAGAAUGGCUCGUUCCUCAAUCGACGAGGUCUCUGAAUCCGGUGCUUUUGUUAGGACGCCUUCCGCAUUCCAUAAUUUUAUUUCUCAGGAUCCAAGUUCUCCUUUCCCUGCCGAAUCCGGAAGAUACCAUCUUUAUGUGUCAUUUGCUUGUCCCUGGGCAUGCAGGUGCCUUGCGUACUUGAAGAUUAAAGGACUUGACAAGAUCAUUGGCCAUACAGUAGUCAAAGCGAAGUGGGAGAGAACAAAAGAUGGUGACCCGCAUAUUGGAUGGGUCUUCCCUACUUCCAACACUGAAGAACCUGGAGCAGAACCGGACCCAAUAAAUGGAGCUGGAAGUGUGAGAGAACUUUAUGAGAUUGCAAGUACGGUCUAUUCUGGAAAAUAUUCAGUUCCUGUUCUGUGGGAUAAGAAUCUGAAGACAAUCGUUAACAACGAGAGCUCAGAGAUCAUUCGCAUGUUUAAUUCUGAGUUCAAUGGUUUAGCGGAGAAUGCCGCUCUUGACCUUUAUCCUCCUCACUUGCGAGCCCAAAUAGACGAAGCUAAUGGAUGGAUAUACGACUAUAUAAACAAUGGAGUUUAUAAAUGUGGGUUCGCCAAACAGCAGGAGCCUUACGAAGAGGCUGUGGAGAAGUUAUACAAAGCUCUGGACAAAUGCGAACAAAUACUUAGCAAGCAGCGCUAUAUUUGUGGAAAUAUACUAACCGAGACGGAUAUACGGUUGUUCGUCACACUUAUAAGAUUUGAUGAGGUCUAUGCAGUUCUUUUCAAGUGUAACAAAAGACUUAUACGUGAGUAUCCGAAUUUGUUCAACUACACAAAGGACAUCUUUCAAAUCUCAGGCAUGAGUUGCACCAUCAACAUGGAUCACAUCAAGCUCAACUAUUACAGAAGCCACCCUUCGAUGGAUCCAUUGGGUACUAUCCCUAUUGGCCCCAACAUUGAUUAUUCUUCUUCUCAUGACAGAGGAAGGUUCGCUCUAUCCAAAUGAUAACAUCAAAGGAAGUUCAAGCUUUCGACGUUCUGUUCCAUGUGAUGUGAAGAAACAAACAAGAGAUAAGUGUAGCCCCAGUUAUCCUAGAUUCCCUAUAUAUAUGUAACUGGAUUGCGCUUGGAAAGCUUUUUUCCUGCUUCUCUGCCGGUUUCUGUGUCAUUCCUAACUUCAUGUACACAAAUGCCUGUUCUUCCCUCAUGUACUCAUUGGGAGAUGCAUCCAUCCUGUGUUACUAGAUCUAAGUGGUAUAGAGGACCCCU